CACAAUAACAAACUCUCAUUAAAGCUGAUUCUGACAAACUAUCAGCUUCAGAUAAAUCUCAUAGUCAUUACUGUGAAAUGUUUUAUGGAUAAAAGUAGGUUCAUGCGCUAAUCACCAUACAACAAUGAAUAAGAGUGUUCAUAGUCUCAAGAUCGGCCGUGUGUUCUUACAGAAACAUGUUUAAUUGCUUUAGUUUUGGGUCUAGUAUAAGCUGGUUGUGUUCUUGACCGUUUUUGUGACAUUUACUCUGAGAGAGAGAGAGAGAGAGAGAGAGAGGAUGAGAAGUAGGUCAAGUGGAGUGUGUGUGUGGACCUGCUCCUCUCACAUAGAAAGAGUGAUCAUUAAAAGAGAAUAAAUAUAGAUUAUGUUAACAGAUGGUGCGCAUGCUCUUGUGUGUGUCUGUGUGUGCACGAGUGUGUGUCUGCGUGCUUGUGUGUGUCUGUGUGUUUUGUGUGCAGAUGCGCUCGUCUCUCUGAGGUGUCCUGAAAACCUCAUUCUCCAGCAGUGGUUUGCAGUUGUAGGAAGAUCUGAUAUUGUCCAGUGGAUGCAGAGAAAUCUCAACAUUGAAGAUCAAGUGGAAGCUCUUCAUCUGGGGACUCUGAUGGCAGCACACGGUUAUUUCUUCCCCAUAUCAGACCACGUCCUGAUUCUGAAGGAUGACGGAACGUUCUACCGCUUUCAGACUCCAUACUUCUGGCCAUCAAACUGCUGGGAACCAGAAAACACUGAUUAUGCCGUGUAUCUGUGUAAGAGGACAAUGCAGAAUAAGGCUCGUCUGGAGUUGGCAGAUUAUGAAGCUGAGAGUUUGGCGCGAUUACAGAGAGCGUUUGCACGCAAAUGGGAGUUUAUAUUUAUGCAAGCAGAAGCACAAGCAAAAGUGGACAAGAAACGAGACAAAAUCGAGCGGAAGAUUCUGGACAGUCAGGAGCGAGCAUUCUGGGAUGUUCACAGACCGGUGCCUGGUUGUGUAAACACCACUGAAGCAGACAUAAAGAAAUCUUCCCGGAUGAAACAACCUCACAAAACACGCAAGUCAGUAUAUGGUCUACAGAAUGACAUCCGCAGUCACAGCCCGACUCACACUGCAACCCCUGAAAUUAAAGAACCUACAGAGGAGGAGCUGCACAACCAGAUACAGCAGCAGCAGAUGCAGUUAGACAGGCAUCGCUUAAAAAUGUCUAAAGUAGCAGAGAGUUUGGUGAGUUUCUCAGAGCAGUAUAUGGAGUACGACCCCUUCUUCACUACACCAGAACCUUCAAACCCCUGGAUCUCUGAUGACACCACAUCCUGGGAGCUAGAGUCCAGUAAAGACGCGUGUCAGCAGAGGGUGAAGCGCUGGGCUUUUGGCUUUAAUGAAGUGUUGAAGGAUCCGGUCGGGAGAGAACAGUUCCUGAAGUUUCUGGAGUCUGAGUUCAGCUCGGAGAAUCUGAGGUUUUGGUUGGCCGUUCAGGAGCUGAAGAAGCGGGCGAUAGGUGAGGUGCCCAGCAGGGUGCAGGAGAUCUGGGAGGAGUUUCUUGCUCCUGGAGCUCCGAGUGCCAUCAACGUGGACUCCAGGAGUUAUGACAAAACCACUCAGAAUGUGAAAGAUCCCGGCCGCUACACGUUUGAAGACGCCCAGGAGCACAUCUAUAAACUCAUGAAGAGUGACUCGUACAGUCGCUUCAUCAGAUCCAGUGUCUAUCAGGAGCUUCUGCAGGCAAAGAAAAAGAAAAGCAAGAAUCUUUUCUAGAGUCUGAGUGUCAGCUGCGUCACUGAUGAGGACUCAUGCUAACAUUACUUGACAUUGUUGCUUGUAUAUUCAUUGAUCUGAUGUCUGUCAGUGGAUCGGUCAGAUUGCAUGUCACACAACACUUUGACAUUCUUAACUGCGCUUCUUUUAUUUUCCUUUUUCUUUUUUAGCAUCUCUUGGCUUUAUUUUGAGGCAUUCUGGACUUUUCCACAGACUUCAGAGUGCAGAAGUGUUUCAGAAAAUCCAUUUAUCAAAACAGUCAUGUUCAGCUCUGGCUGCCUGUUGUCAUGUGAAAAUAACAAAUCAAAUAUUUCAAUGAUCUGCUCAUUCUAAUGUACGGAUGUUUUUUUAAAGCACAAACUUUCACUGUACGAAAGAACUAUAAAUAUAUUAGGAUUGUUUUGCCUUUUGCACUUCUGAGAUCAGAUAACAAUAUCAGAGUUACAGUGAAGUCCUAAAAUGAGCGUUUGACGCUCAUGAGCGUUUUAUUUUUAUACUGUAUUUAGGGUUGUUCAUUUUGCGUUUAAUGUUGUUGUUUUUUAAAUGUGUGUAUAAAUCUGAUGGAGCUUUAGAUAAAGGAUGAGCAGUUCAUCGAUCACAAUGUUGAUCUCUCUCUUUAAACAUGUAAAUGAAAACACAUGUGAGGAUGUUUAGAGGAGAGUCACUCACAGAUGGAUGCUCAUGAAUAUGAAACAGCUUAUACAAUGACUGGUAAUGUAUGGACUGCUGUACAGAUGAUCACUUCUGAACAGUAAUAAUGUAUUUUGAUAAGAUUUAUAUGAUAAUGAGCACUAACUGAUAGCACAAUAAUAAUGUAUGGAUGAUGCUGGACUGUAAUGUUCAUUAAUAUCUUGAGAUUAUAUUCACCUGAUGGCUGUGGCCCAAACACUAAAGAUUUUUUCAGUUUUCUUUCUUCUGUUUGGAUUUUGAGGAUUUUUUUUAGAUGUAAAGAUAAAUGGAGGAGAGAAAACUGCAUGUCUGUCUGUCCGAAUGAUCCACACCUGUUGACGCAUUUAUAAUAUAGAUUUAAUGUAAAUACAAUACAAAAUCAAAUAAAGAGAUUAGAGAGAAUACA